UAGCGCCCCCUCCUCCGGAUGCCGGAUCCCUCCUCUGCCCAGGACCCUCCCCUCGGGUGUCACAUGGUAGGAGGGGCCCCCAACUCCCCGCCCUACCCGCUCCCAUCGGCCGCACUCCGGACCGGGCACCGGGCAUGGGGCGGACAGAGAGGCACUUGGCCGGGUACCUGCACCCCGCAGGGGGUCUCACACACUCCUGAUUCGGCUCGGAGACCUUUUCUUGUCCCACAAGGCGCGGUAGGACCCCGCUCACACCUCCGGCUCGGCCACUGCCCGCAGCGCCCAACUCGCUCUGUACCCCGCACAUUGUUGUCCCCCAGCGCCUAGGACAAGCUGGGCACACUCCACCAAACUUCUCCUCAGUGACUGUUCACACGGCGCUCAUCUUUCCCUGACUCGCCAUAGCACUGUGGUGCGGCAGCAGCUGUGUCAUAUCCCUCAGGGCAGCUGUAUUCCAUUCCAUUUUGUUAGCUUCCACACAACCGGUCUGUCCUGUUCUGUCUCCCAGGCAGUCCAAACAAGGAGGGCACCGAGUGACCUCCAGCACCACUCUCCUGCUGUCAGCCUGGCAUUUCACACUUGGCUCUGUGUAUGCCAUUAUGCUUAGGACUGGCUAGGACCUCUGCCAACCUUUCUCUUCUGGUCUUUUCAGAACUUUAGUUGCUUUUGGUGCUGUUAUGGCCAUGGUGUCUGGGGGCUGGGGAGACCCCAAUGGAGACACUAAUGGGAUGGGGAAAGGUUACCCCCGAAAUUCAGAGGAGGAUGAGGCCUCACCCCCUGGAGGUAUGAGUGACCCCGAGCAGGGUGAUGAGGAGCGACCUGGGAUCCAGGUGGAUUGUGUGGUGUGUGGGGACAAAUCCAGUGGCAAGCACUAUGGCGUCUUCACCUGCGAGGGCUGCAAGAGCUUCUUCAAGAGGAGCAUUCGCAGAAAUCUUAGUUACACAUGCAGGUCAAAUCGGGACUGCCAAAUAGACCAACAUCACCGCAACCAAUGUCAGUACUGCCGACUAAAGAAAUGCUUUCGCGUGGGCAUGAGGAAAGAAGGUACUGUAUUUGUACCCUUCGCUCAAGCUGUCCAGAGAGGACGGAUUCCUCCUGCUCACUCCAGUGCAAGCCCCACUACUGCACCUGGUGGUGCUGAAUAUUUCAAUGGACAGCCAGUUUCUGAACUCAUCUCUCAGCUUCUUCGAGCAGAGCCUUACCCAACAUCACGUUACGGUUCACAGUAUGCUCAGCAGGGAAGUGUUAUGGGCAUUGACAACAUCUGUGAGCUGGCUGCCAGGCUUCUUUUUAGCACCGUGGAGUGGUCACGAAACAUACCUUACUUUCCAGAGCUUGCCGUGCCAGACCAAGUUUCUUUGCUGAGAUUGAGUUGGAGUGAACUGUUUGUGCUAAAUGCAGCGCAGUCAGCCCUUCCACUACACAUGGCACCGCUGCUCGCUGCUGCUGGAUUUCAUGCUUCUCCUAUGUCUGCUGACAGGGUUGUGUCCUUUAUGGACCAGAUACGUGUUUUUCAGGACCAGGUAGAAAAGCUAAAUCGUCUCCAAGUGGACUCAGCGGAGUAUGCCUGUUUGAAAGCCAUUGCACUCUUCACGUCUGAUGCCUGUGGUCUUACUGAUCCUGCUCAUGUGGAGAGUUUACAAGAAAAAGCUCAAGUGGCUCUGACAGAGUAUGUCCGUGCUCAGUACCCUUCCCAACCUCAGCGUUUUGGAAGGCUUCUUCUGCGCUUGCCUGCCCUCAGAGCUGUACCUGCAUCCCUUAUUUCUCAGCUGUUUUUUAUGAGGCUUGUUGGCAAAACUCCCAUAGAGACACUUAUCCGGGACAUGCUUCUUUCUGGAAGUAGUUUUAAUUGGCCCUAUUCUUCUGGUCAGUAGCAGCAGCUGUCAUUUGGUUGGUUCUUAAGUUGGUCAAAUCUUCUACACUACAUGAAGACAGCUCACUACAGUUUGCUCUGAAUGAAGUUCUUCUCCAAAUUACCAAGGCACUUCCAGAAAAAAAUAAGAAACUUGCGUUUUUCCAGAAACAUUUCUUAUUAAUAAAUAUUAAAAAAAAUAUAUAUAUGCUGUUGGUUACUACCAUGUACGAGGAACUAUUUCGUAAGCCAUUAUGUCGAGGCUGAUUGUUUUGAUAAAAAAGCACUAAAAAGGCCUCUAGCAUUUGCAGGUGGCACCCUAAAAAACAUACAUUUAACUGUUUCAAUAAAAACCGUAGGUGUUUUACUUAGUUUCGAGUAUAUAGCUCAGUCGACAUCCUCUACCUCCUGAAUGUCUACAUUUAUUGUCCAAGUAGAAGGCAGCACCAAAAAUGGGGAAAAAACUUUUUACUGACAUUUUAAGCAUUUCUCAACAGCUACUCAUUGGAACAGAGUAUUUCACAGACUAGAAUAAGACCCUGCCUGUUAAGGACAGGACUAUAUAAUACUCAGAGCGGUUAAAGAUAUGUCCAUUUGGUUCCUUGGCUGUAUAACUUGGUUGUCGCAGCUUUUUAAUAUUUUCCUUUCUUAAUAAUUUUCUCCACUUCCUUUUCAUGUCACAGGAUUUGAUUAACCAGUCAACAGCCCAAACAAUAACUUCAGUGACCUUCCUUCUUUCUAAAUACAUUGAAAGUUAUGUAUGAUUGAGUCUUUAAUUCUUUAAUCUUUUUAUUUUUUACAUAUUAAGAAAAAUAUGGAAACUAAAAAAGUUGGAUUUCCUAAUCAGUCUGUUCUUUGUAUGAUGGUGAUGGACAGAGUAAGAAUAUUGCCUAGAAGGUUGUGACUAGGAAGUACCAAUGAUAUAAUAAUAAUUUUUAAAUGUUAUUUUGUGUUUGGCAGAAAUACAGAUGUGGGGAAACUAAGGUUUCAUAUAACAGUUUUGCUUAUGUCAACUUUUUGAGAUAUCAUUUAAUUGCCAAAAUGCACUAGAGGGUUUUCCCUACAUUGUAACUCAUGGCAUACCACUAUUAUAUGGCUAUAUCUUACUGACUGGAGGGGUCUUAAAAAAAAUAACUCUUGUUUGACUCUGUGCUGGAACUACAGUUUGCUGCUAUUCACAUAGAUGAUGAAAUUAGGCCAUGUUGCAUAUAUAAGAAGAUGAACAGUUGAAGGCAAAACUGUUCAGACAAGAAUCAUGUCUUCUCUGUGUCAAUGGAGGUCCAACAGGUGGACCAUUCACUGUUAGGCCAUAAGUUACUAUAGUGCAAAAAUCUCUUUAUGGGUAUUGUAAGGGAUUAGGUAAAGGGGAUGUUGUCUGCUGGGUAGACAGGCACACCAUAGAUAUUGCAGUCCAAACAGCAAGGAAUUUGUUUAACUGACCUCAGCCAGUUUUAUUGCCAGGUUGGGGUACAGAACAUAAAAUAUAACAAAUAAAAAUCCUAAGCCUGUCCUGGUCUAACUAAACAGCAGGAAACCUCCCUGACCAAGUGCUGGCCUAAUACUGGACACCAAACAAAAUAGCAAAGUCUAUACUUCUUGAAGUGCUCUCACAGGCUCUGUGCAGAUAACUUGUUCCCAGGCUGAUGUCUGCUUAUAUCAGGCUAGCACACCUGAGGAGUGAUUACCUGACAGCCCAAAACCCGGACUGUUGGGAUGGAGUGGGAGCCAACCCUUCUCUCCCCACUCCAGAAACACAGGCCCUUAAAAAAAGGGUUUUAUACAAACCCGAAUUGCAUAGAUGUCUGCAUAGACCUCUGCUAGACAUUUCCCUGGUUGCUUUUAAAUGACAGAAUUGAGGAACCUUGGGCGCACAUAGACCCCGUCCACUACUUCUCCAGACACACUGUCACAGUAUGUUCACACAGGCGGAACUUUUCCACAUGGAAAAUUCUGCAUGGACAUUACGCUGCAGCAGAGUCCCAUUGAUUUUAAUGGGAUUCUCCUGCACAGUUUGCUCAGCAGUAUUUCCGCACCAGAUGUUUCCAAAUUCUAAUUCCAGCAUCGACAGAAAGAAAAGUCAUGUCUAUUCUUCCUGCAGAGUCCGCAAGGAAAUGCAUGCACAUUUCCGAGUGGUCCUAGCGCUCACCGGAUUGGGAACAUGUGUGGAACGUCCACACGUUUUCUGUGCGGACAUUCCGCACAUUUUCCUAAUGUAUGAACCGUGCCUAAGGCAGUGUUUUCAUCACAGUGUAUGUCCAGCUGUUGCCCAGACAGUCUUUUGCUGUCCAGGCAUGCUAAAAAUUGUGGUUGGGCAACAGUUGGGCAUACUGUUUGGAAAACACUGCUUUAGGGUGUAUUCACACGUACAGUGUCCUGCACUUAUUUGAUGCAGAGGAUUUUAUGCUGCAGAUUUCAAUGUAAACUAAAUGACUUAACACAGCUUAAAAUCCUGUGCAUCAAGUAUGUGCAGGAUACUGUACGUGUGAGCAGACCCUGAAAGGGUCAUCAUGAAUUUUAGAUUUUGCGCUUGGCUCACUAACAGGAAUAUUACAUGUUUAAAGUUAGGUUUUUUUAAAAGGGGAUAAGUGGAGUGUUCACCAAAGCAUUUUUGGGCCUCUGCGCUUCACUAAAAUACUUGACCCAUUUUACUUCUGGGUUAAUUGAUCCGUCUUCUGUUUCACCUGCAGUGUAGCUAAAUAAAAUGAAUUCCCCGCAACUUCCAAAACAUAUUUGCUUUUACCGACAUAUGUAGAAUAACUUGAACGCACAAUGCUAGAGUGAAGAACAAGCAUGGGUCACACAGUAUACUAGUGUAUACUGAUACAAGUGGCAAAAACGAAUUACGUUUUAUUCUACAGUAAUAAUAAUAAAGCUAAUAAGGUGCAUCCAAAGUGUGCCAUGUUUUUAUGAUUUCAAUGAAGAAAAAAUUUACAUACUGUAUGCGUAUUUUAUAGUAAACCUCACGUUGUGCAAAAUGUGUCUGACUCACUCUCCACGGUUUAUAGAUUUUAAAAGAAAACAAAAACAUGCUGCUAUGAAAAAUAAAAAUGGUGAAUAAACCCUAAAAAAGUAACAACAUUUAGUUUUACUACUCUUCUGCCAAAUGCUCAUAUGGUACUCUCGAUGCAUCCUGUUCAAUGACCACUAUUACUUGUUUAAUUGUUUUGAGACAGUUUAUUUUUCUAUUCAUUUAUAACCCUUUCACUAUGUAUAUUUUAAAAAAAUACAAUCCUGUCUUGUGUAUUAUUCUUGAACUAAAGCUUCAGUUUGCCGUUUCGGCACCAAAGAUUCAGAAUGCAAAAUAAUAAACAAUGUUUUUAUUGACUCCAGUUUUUCUCUGGCAGGCAAAAAAGGUUAUUGUAUUUGUGCAAUGCCUAUGUUCAAUGUGUGUUCCUACUCUAUAAAAUUUGUGUGUAUAAACAUUCUGCUAAUGCCAAAAAUGGGUGGAAGGGAAUAUUGCCAAAGAAGGAAUGUCAGAUCAAAAAACAAAUAAUAAUAAUAAAAAAAACGUACACAGAAA